CGAAGACCAUUUCCGAUCAAAGUCGUCGUAAAGUUGUAUUUGGCCGUAAAAUCAAGAUUGCAAUUUAAUUUUACCUGGUAGAAUUUAUUGACAAAAAUAGAUACACACGUAACGCUGCUACAGAGCGGUUAAACAGUAGAAAAAGGAUUGAAAUACCCAGAAAUUCCAGCACAUCCAACGACUAUACGUUGUUUAUUUAACGAAAAGAAAAUAUGAACGUUGCAAACGUUUACCACUUAACGUAACUGGAGGCACCGAUAUAGGAUUGCUCAUUUCAGCUAUACUUUUAUAAUUGUCUUCCUUUAAUAACAGGCCACUCUGUCUUUUAAUAAAAAAAAAAAAAGAAAAAUUGCCGAAAGAGUAAGCAUCACCAGGUAUUCAUCAGGCUCGACAUGGGAAAAAUUCAGGACAAAAUGUGACAUCGACUAGUACUAGCGCACCUACGCGCGCUCGUUAAAACGACGUACAUACCUCAGUUUCGCAGAAACCGUCGUCGCGUUCACAUCCCUUUCCCGAACUUGGACCUUUUCUAACAAGUCGACGUGACACACAUCACGCAACAUCUUCGACAAACCCUGUGAUACAUUCUCUUUAUGAGACAGUGGUUUUACAUUGUUAUUAAUGUAAAACUUCGAACAUGCGGUGUUUUACCAUCUUAUCCAGAUAGUUGCAAAAUUCUGUGAAAAUUAGUCACUCGAAUAUGUAGAAUAUUUACUAGCAGAAAUUUGCAUUAAACAACGAUGAAUACUAAUUUUCGUAUAAAAAACAAUAGUCCGAUAAACGAAUGCGGUGUGUAAAAACAAGUGACUGUGAUAUGAUUUUGAAUAAAAUUGCGGAUAUAGUGACGAUGACGCAUAUGUUUCAAUGCCAAGUAAUAAGUAAGAAAUAGGCGAUCGUGAAUUAAAAGGAAUCAUAAAAAUUGAAUAACAAAUACGCGAAGUAACGUUGCAUGCGCUGCAUUUAAGAGUUUACAGAAAAUACUCGGGUCUUGCAAACCUCGUUGAAUACCGUGAAAUGAAUAGUUGGUUGGACUAAUAUGAGAACAAAGGGAAAAUUUUGAUGAUUGUAGAAUUCUUUUUCUCUUUUUAGACUUUCGACGAAGUUUGUGCACGCGAUAUUAUCUGCGAACUGACCCCUUUAGUUUCGUCUGAGGACUACAGAGAAAAAACAUGCUGGAACGAAGUCGGAAACAUCGUGUCGAAUGCCGUGUUAAAAAUAUUUCGAACGUCUAUCACUUUUCCACAAGUUCACACUACGGUGACAUUCGAAUCUUGUAGGAAACAAACAUAGUAAUACCGUAUAUCCUGAGAAUUUGAAAUUAAAAGAAAUCGAUGGAAAAGUGAACAGUAAUUAGUGGAUUAUAAUAAGUGGACAAUUCGCAUAAUUUUUGUCCCACGAACAUCAUGAAACUGAAUUCUAUUAAUGCUAAACCACGAGCCGCAUAAUAAACGGUGCUAGAAUGGUUUUGACACCUUUCUGAUUAAUUGGCAUGUUGGUUGUCACUGCCGAUUCCGACGCGCCAGAAAAACGUGGUAGAAAAACCCGUAAGAUUGGUAGCAUAAUCGAGUGAUUCUUUUUCUCUCAAACGUCGUGCGUCUCGGAGGGAAAUCAGAAAUCUAAAAAAUUUUUGUCGGGAAGUUUUCACGGCGAACUAACAGAAUUUCGAGUUUGUAUUGAGAAUCUGAAACGCGAAUACGAUGCUUUUAGCGCUUUUAACCGAAAUUUAUUAGCGAAGGCUAAUGAUUUUUCGAGCGGAACGACGAUACGAUCAAUUAAUAGACACCGUACAAUUGCGUUACAAUCUCCGUACUAUAAACUGCACCAUGGUGUCGUAACGCCACAGUAACUUCUACUCAAGUACAAUUAAAAUUUCGAUUAAAUUAUAGUUUCCGAGCGAUGCUUCGUUAAACUUAACAGCAAUGUUCAUUUUACUUGUGGAGAGCACGAUCCAGAAGAUUUUCUCUAUUUAACCGCGGAUCGAUAUCGUUUACCGUUUCGCGAAUAGCCACGAUAAAUCUCUAUGCUGAUCGAAAAUCAACAUGAUCGAUUCGUCGUUGACUUCUGUAUUAACUUUUACGAGAAAAAUUCCUUUCGCUACUUUCGAACAAUUUCAUCGCUAUUCUGUAAUUAAAUUUAAUCUCGAACUUUGUCUCUGGAGUUUGGUCAGACGUUAGAAGUAAAAUCGAAAAAAGGAGGGAAAUCGUGGGACAAUACUUUCGUUCGAACGAGAUAAAACGCAUCUCACCGAGGUACUUCUCGAUUUUCCAAUUCUCGCGGACAGUACUUUUUUUUUCACGAAAGAAUAAGGCAAAAACUUACCAUGGUAUCGACUCGACAGCAAAUUUAUCGUCUAUCCGCAGACUGGAAAAUCUGGUAGAAGAGGAGAAAAAGGAGAGGACCGAAGCAGGGUGAACUCAAGAAUCAUUUUCUAUUUGUCGAGCCAUUAGUCGAAAGAAAUUCAUUAGACGAUUCGAUGCUUGGGAAAUCGGAACACGUGACGGCCAAAACUUUCUUCGUUAGUCCUGGUUUUUAUUUUGGUGCUAAAGAAGUCUCUUUCCUACAGUAGAAACAGAGGAAGAAGAACGAUCCACUCAGUAAUCUAUUUAAACCAUUCUACCAAGAAUCAAGUGUUCUGGUGGUUUGCGAUAUUAAUUCCAUGAAAGCAGGCGCAUCAAUGAUCAAUGUUAGCAGAUGACACUGAUAAAAAAAUAGAACAAGGAGAGUCGUCUUUAAUAUCAUGGAAAUCGGAGACAAGUAAAUGUCACUCGGUCACAAAAGAGGAAACGAGGCGAAUCGAGCCGAAGCGACAACUUUUCCGCCGUGUAUUUUUCCCUUUUCUUCAUCCCUGAACGCUAAACGUUUAUUGAAGAAACGUCGAACUUGAGAACGUUCGAAAUGGAGACUGAAAACAGCAGUAAUCUAUAAAAAAGGAAGUUGUUUGCUAAACUCUCCCUAGGAGGGUUCGUGCUUUUCGAUAUCAAUAACGUAUAAGGGAUCCUUAACAGAGAAAAAGAAAGAUGCAUCCUCUUGAGUUAGUGAUCGUGGGAUGGCUGGCAUUGGUGAUAUCCACGUUGGUCGAUGCCAUCGAUUAUUUGGACGACUACUCAGCGAUGGAUUACACCGACGAAUCGGACAUCGAUUACAAUGCCACGAAUUGCACCAAUAGUUAUUGUAUCUCAAACGAAGAGUACGUGGAUCGUAUGAUAAAUUAUAUAUUCCCCAAGUUUUGGGACUGGGUGUUGAUCGCGUCGCAUAGCGUUGUUUUCGUGGUCGGCCUAGUUGGGAAUGCGCUAGUUUGUAUCGCGGUUUACAGGAACCAUUCUAUGAGAACGGUGACAAAUUAUUUUAUUGUCAACUUAGCUGUGGCCGAUUUCCUAGUUUUAUUGCUUUGUCUUCCGUUCACCGUACUGUGGGACAUCACCGAGACCUGGUUUCUAGGUUUGACCUUGUGCAAAGCCGUGCCAUAUCUCCAGACAGUGUCCGUGACCGUGAGCAUAUUGACCCUAACUUUUAUAUCGAUAGAUCGAUGGUACGCUAUAUGCUUUCCCCUGAGAUUUAAGUCUACCACUGGACGAGCAAAAAGUGCGAUCAUCGGAAUUUGGGCGAUAGCCCUUCUAUUUGAUAUUCCAGAUCUCGUGGUGUUGCAUACCGUCCCACCCACGCACAUCAAAAUAAAGACCGUUUUAUUCACGCAAUGCGACAUAUCCUGGAGUCAAAGGAGCCAGGUCGCCUUUACUAUCGUCAAACUAAUUUUCCUUUAUACCGGACCUUUGAUCUUCAUGAGCGUAGCCUAUUGGCAGAUUGUAAAAGUCCUUUGGAGGAGCAACAUUCCAGGACAUAAUUUACCGUCACGAGCAUCCCAGAUGAGCCAGAUUCCAUCGACCGGUGGCGGAAAUCCGGAAGUGCAGCUGAGAUCUCGACGAAAGGCGGCAAAAAUGUUAGUCACAGUGGUCAUCACAUUUGCGAUUUGCUAUUUCCCUGUGCACCUACUCUCCGUUUUAAGGUAUACCACCACAUUACCAUCCAAUAAAUGGAUAAACGCCAUCAGCUUAAUCGCGCAUGGCCUAUGCUAUUUCAAUAGUGCAGUUAAUCCUCUGAUCUACAACUUCAUGAGCGGGAAAUUUCGGAAGGCGUUUAGGCGUACAUUUCGCUGUGCUCGAGAGAAUGGUUCUCGAAUACAGCGUGGAUAUCUUGCGAGCACAUCUAAUUUCCCACGAAUAAAAUCUCGGACCACGACGAUACGAACGACGUUUAAAAAUAACAAUAACCUUCAACGAAAUACCGAAAUUAUACCUCUCAGUGCUAUAACCACUAUUCAGCAGAAUGAAAAGCACGAUUGAUUGGAUGCAUAUACACCAAUAAUAUGACUAUCAGACGCGCAGUAAGAUUCACAAGUAAUUUAUUUACAUGUAAUUUGAAUUUUAAUACUAAUGUAGAAUAUAAAGUGUUAGAUAAAUAUAACAAAAACAUUAUGUUCCACUCGGUAGUAUUUUAAAUAAUAAAAAAUACUUGUGAAAACGAUUAUAUUUAGUUCCCAAAUUCAUAAAAAUUGGUAGACACUAUAAGUUCCAUUGAAAAAUGGAAUCAUCUAAUAUAACGAAACAUUGAAUAUUAUGGAAUUAAUAUGUAAAAUGUACUUACAAUAUUAAGAAUUACCACAUAGAAGCUCGAUGUUUAUUCUCGCAGAGCGUAAAUUAUAACAUAGGCACAUAUGAAUUUGUAAAUCAUUCUUCAUAAUAGAAUGAUCGUAUUUAGAACUAUUAUAUUGUAUGUAAUCUUCAGACGAUACGUAAAGUUCGCUGACAAAAUUGUAUGUAAAAACUUUAAUAAGAUAUAAAUAAUAUAUACUAUCGCUAUGUCAUAAAUAUAUGAUGUAAAUCUUA